AUGACUGAGUACAAGCACCUGGCAAAUGGGCCAAGUAAUACUAUGAAUGAAACAUAUCAUUCCCAAUAUGAACCUCAACUUUCGCACUAUCCUGUACGUUUUCAAGAGCUUCCACGUCUUCAAGUGCCUCCAUUUGCACUUACUCACCAAUCUCAAGUAUGGAAAUUACCACAAGAACAAUCAAGUUUACGUAUGAGUGUUUCGAAUCUUCUUUCUGGUACUUUUCGACGUGGAACACCAUUAUUAACACCUCCAUCUCUUCCAUCUCCACCUCCUCCUACUCCUACACCACGUCGAUUACCAAGUUUUGCUGAUAUUCUCGCACGUACGAAUCUUUUACAUCUUAUGGGUCGUUCAACUUCAUCUUCAGUUGUUGUAUCGGAAGAGAAACAAGUUGUUACUUCGAUAUAUCCAUGUCAUCAACCAUUGGAACAUUGUUAUCCAACGUAUCAUCCUCCACAUCAUGAUACAUCAAUGAAGAAUCUCGAAACAUUAUCAACAAUGAGUGAUGAUCUACCACCUGCAUCUCCUAUCAGUCAAACAAGUGAUACAAAUAAACGACGUGAACGAUGGACUGAAGAAGAACAUGCUCGUUUUAUGGAAGGUUUAAAUCGAUAUGGUCGAAAGUGGAAGAAAAUUCAAACGUUUGUCAAGACAAAAACAGCAGUACAAGUUCGUACACAUGCUUAUGGGUAUUUUGCCAAGUUAUUACGAAACAUGCCUGAAGAUGAUGCAAUUUGGGAACUUGCGGAAGAAAUGAGUUCAUUACCUGGUGCUGUAUUGAAAGGUCCUGGUAAUGGAAAACGUCGUAAUGAACCAAAAACGGAUGAAGCAGGUAUGGAAGUCUUACGUCGUUUUGUGUUUUCCAAGAAAAAAAAUGAAGACAAGAAAUUGAUUCCAACUACGUGUGAAGAUACAAGUGAAGAAUGUGAAAAUGUGGAAAUGAUCGAGUCGACGUCUUCAAAUGGACAUUUUCCAACGUCAUGGAGUUCGACACAUGAAUGGAAAGCUCAUGAUUCGGACGCAUUGUUGGAGAUUAAGCGUCAGCGUUUGAAUUAG